AUGGAACAAAUCUGGAUCUACACAGUUGUAAUCCUUGCACUCUGGAUCACCCAGAAAACAUACAACAUCCUCAACUCACCACUCCGCCUUAUUCCGGGCCCCUUCUUCACAAAAUUAACCCGCCUUCCACUCAAAUUAUCAAUCAUCAGUGGCCGCCGCAUCUAUUUCGUCCACCACCUGCACGAAAAAUACGGACCGAUAGUGCGCAUCAGCCCUAAUGAGGUCUCGAUUUCUUCAAUCGCGGAUUUCAAAGAGAUCCACCGCAUCGGUGCCGGAUUCCUCAAAUCUGAAUGGUACAGCAAGUUCGUCAUGUCCCAACGACCCGGAGUAUUUGAUAUGCGUGAUCCAGCAGCGCAUGCGGCGCGUCGAAAGUUGUUUGCGAGGGCGUUCUCCAAGAGUGAGUUAAGAAAUACCUGGGAGAAAGUUGUAAGGGAGAAAGUGAGGGUUGCAGUUGGUAAGAUCCAGGAGGAGAUGAAGAAUGGAGGGAGGUCUGAUGUGUUCAAGUGGUGGACAUUUUUGGCCACGGAUGUGAGUGGGCGGCUGAUGUUUGGGGAGGAUUUUGGGAUGCUAAGUUAUGGAAAGAAAAACGACUACAUCCAUGUCCUGGAAUCAACUAUGAAAGGCUCCGGCAUCAACGCCGAGCUGCCCUUCAUUGGCUUUGUCGCACGAUAUCUCCCGAUUACCAGCCUCAAGUCCAUGUUCCGCGCCAGCGACUACCUAGCCACCUACGGCCGGCGUGCAAUCACCAAUGCACGAGGCACCAGCACCUCCAGUCGCAACAUCUUUGCUGGAAUAAUCGCCGAGUCCGAAAAAGGAGCUAGCUCUCUUACAGAGGAAGACGUCGUUACCGAAGCAGGGAACUUGAUCGUCGCUGGGUCCGAUACAACAGCUGUCACACUCACCUACCUCGUCUGGGCGAUUCUCUCACAGCCGAAACUACAGCAGGAACUAGAAGAAGAGGUUGCCGGAUUAGACGAAGAAUACGAAGAUGCAGAUAUCGAGAGACUCCCACUUCUCAACGCGGCCAUCAAGGAGUCGCUACGUCUUUACGGAGCAGCUCCAGGUUCAUUACCGCGCUCUGUCCCUGCAGGAGGCGCGACAUUGUCAAAAUAUUUCAUACCGGAGGGCAUGACGGUUAGCACACAGAGCUAUACAAUUCACCGUGAUAAGAAUAUCUUCCCGGACCCUGAGGUAUUUAAGCUGCAGCGAUGGCUAGGUGAAGAUGAUACUAAGUGCAUGGAAACGGCUUUUUCGCCAUUUGGGGCUGGUGCAAGGACGUGUUUGGGGAUUCACCUCGCGUACAUGGAGCUGCGACUUGCGGUGGCGGAAUUCUUUAGGCAUUGUCGUGGGACUAAACUGGCCGAGGAUAUUACAUGGGAGACUAUGAAACCUGAGAAUUACUUUCUGAUUGCGCCGGUCGGACACCGGUGUGAGGUUGUGAGUAAAUGA